CGCCCUCUCGCCAUCUCCACCUCCCAUUUGCGCACACCUUCUUCAUUUAUAAACCUCGAGCCGCAAGAUGCGAGCUCCAGAGGGUGAAGCGGGCUCUACCAGCCCGGGCGCGCGUCUUCGCGCCGCAGCCAACCGAGUUGUCACGGCGAUCCGACGCAAAGGCGAGUCCCCUGCCGAACGUGGCGCCCACAUAGGUGACCCCGGUGAUCCGUCCCAGGAUCUUGAUUUCCGUGUGGUGAGACUGCCAGGAGACCGCGCUAAUGUUGCCAUCGGUGCGUCUUGCCAACCUCGCCCUGGCCGCGCUCGCGCGUGAAUGGGAGCAGCACGAGACGUCGAAUCCCGACAGUGAUGUCAGCGGCAGCGGCAGCUGCAGCUCUCACAGCACCUGCGACCUUCCCGCGAAUACGGAGGAGUCGAUGGCACUCGCGAACGCCACACUCGCGAUGCACGCGGUUUCCGCUUUGGCGGCGAGUGUGAACGCGCACGCGAACGCCGUCGUCGUCGCCAAGACGCUCGAUCGCAAGGACGACGCCGCGCACCUCCACGAGCUGAAUAACAACAUGAAGCUCAUGCGGCAGGCGCGCGUGCUCGCGGGAGCUACUGCGACGGCGGCGGAGAACAAGGCCCGCCACUGGUACGGAAAGCAGAACGAGGUCGCGCGCGGCGAGAACGGCAAGGCCCACCCGGUGUAGGAUGAGUACUUGUGUAGUGACUGGGACGGACAGUGGAUGUUAUACUCCU